GAACGGCCCAAGGGAGAUGGGCAGCUACGAGAACGGCAAUUCGCCGGCGGCCGCCCGCCGGGAGGGCGGCGUGAUCCUGGGCGUGGACGGAGGCACCACGAGCACCGUCUGCGUCUGCCUGCCGGCCGCAAUGCCGCCGCCGGAGUCGCCCAGCGCCGUCCCCGUGCUCUCCCGCGCAAUCGCCGGCUGCUCCAACCGUAAUUCCGUCGGAGAAAGCGCUGCACUGGAAACUCUAGAACAUGUCAUGACGCAGGCCCUCACAAUGGCCAGCACAGAUCAUUCUAAUGUUGUUGCAGUUUGUUUAUCUGUAUCUGGAGUGAAUCAUCCUUCAGAUCAGCAGAAGAUGCUGGACUGGAUCCGCACUCUAUUCCCUGGGGAUGCCAAGUUUUAUGUGGAGAAUGAUGCGGUGGCGGCCUUAGCCAGUGGUACAAUGGGAAAGCUACAUGGUUGUGUAUUGAUUGCGGGCACAGGAAGCAUUGCUUAUGGGGUCACCAAAGAUGGAAAAUUAGCGAGAGCAGCUGGUGCUGGUCCCGUUUUAGGCGACUGGGGCAGUGGAUAUGGCAUUGCUGCACAGGCCCUCACAGCAGUAAUAAAAGCACAUGAUGGCCGUGGACCACAAACUAAUCUUACGAGAGCGAUCACUAGGAAGCUUGAAAUUGCUUCACCAGAUGAAUUGAUUGGUUGGACAUAUGCAGAUCCAUCUUGGGCCCGUAUUGCAGCACUUGUUCCUGUGGUCGUAUCAGCUGCUGAAGACGGCGAUGAAGUAGCAAACACGAUUCUACGUGAGGCAGUGCAAGAGUUGGCUGAUAGCGUCGUAGCAGUUGUUCGGCGCCUUGCAUUGUGUGGUGAAGAUGGAAAGGACCAAUUUCCACUUGUAUUGGUUGGAGGUGUCCUCGAAGGCAAUAAGAAAUGGAACAUCAGCGGCGAGGUCAUAAAAUGCAUUUCCAAAGUCUUUCCAGGUGUCCAUGCUAUUCGACCUGAGGUGGAACCGGCAGUUGGUGCAGCAUUGUUAGCUUGGAGCCAUCUUCAUAAAGAGUCCAAGCUGGAAAACGGAAGCUGAUUCCAGCCUCGAAGAAUGCCCAUGCAUGACGAUGCUGGCCAGCCAAAUGAUUACCAGAACUGGAUGGUUCCAAAGGCGCAUCCACUUUGUAAAAAAAAAUGAUGCGUUCCUCACCAGCACCAAGUCGUCUGGCGUGUAAAGAGCGACGUGCGAUUAUAGUUGAGAGGAGGGGGGUAAAAUUGUACAAAGAAUUGAU